GUUUUUUGUUUACAAUCGCAAAAUAAAGAAGAAUGACUGAAUGUUAUUGUUUUCUACUAUUAUUAAUAGUGUUAUUGUGAAAUAGUAUUGAAUAUUAUAUGUGUAAAUGUGUGGCUUGUUAGUUUCAUACAGGAAUUUAUGAUAUUAAGGACAAUGGACCCAGUGGACAACAAUAAAUUUGAAGUAUUACCAACAAAAAGUAAGCGGAAGAUUGCAACACCGUGCACAAACGCUUAUUUCAACCCAGCAUUGGACCUUCUCGCCAACGACGACCCUAUGUGCAACACUGCAAUGGAAAUCGUCCCAAUAAAAAAAAGAAAGCGUACCAGAAGUUGCGACAUAACAGCCUUCGAAAAUUCAGCCUUAGAUCUAGGUAUAAGCAAAGCCGCCGUAAAUGAAUUUCUUGCCAAAGAACUCGAAAACGUUCGUAAAAACGUCCGACCGUACAAUAGCGUUGAUGUUAUACAGAAUUCGGAACCGAGAAUGAAUAUUUCUGAACCCACUUUAAAUUUUAGUACUUUAGAUAGUAUAGACAAUGGAAUACCUGUGAUGAGAGAGCCUUUCUAUGCAAACUUAUGCACCGCGCCUGAGUUGCCUCUUAAAAAUGUUUGUGCUGUUACACCUAUUUCCAAUGUCAGUAUUACAAAUAUUGAUAAAAUGCUCAAUAUGGAAGCAAAUUCAAACAUUACUCCUGAAUUACUUCCUAAAACUGUGCCUAUGCAAACAAAUUUAAAUAAUACUUGCCAAAAUAUGUCUACAGCUGAAGGAGAUGAGAUAACCAUCCCGGAUGCUCAAAUUACUAUUCAUAACGUGGCUCCUGAUGUUCACACAGUCAGAGCAAAGGAAUCUAAUAUGGACGAUUCAGCCGCACGAAAUUGUAUGGAAAUAUCUGAAAACUAUCCUCCAAAUGAUAUUGAACUAGAUUCCGGUAUUUCGGUGCUGGAACAAAAAUCCUUUAAUCCUACAAACAGUGAAUUUAGUAACAGUCUUGACUUGUCUGCUAUAAAUAACACAACUAGUAUUCAAACAAAUAUCACCAAUCAGGUUUUCGUUAAUACGCCGAGUAAUUUGAGUCUAAGUUUUAUUGAUAGAUUAGCUUUAGAUUCACCUAACAUCUCAAAAUCAUCUCUUUGCCUGGAUGAUGAUUUAAACGAAAGCAACAUAAUGGAAAUCAAAACAAUAACAAUAAUUACUAAAAAGAAAAGAAUAGUCGACAAAAAGAAAAACACUAAUCCUUUUUUGGACCCAAACAUUGACGGUAACUCAAACCAGCCUAAAGCUAUCGAAAAUCCAUUUCGUAAUCCUGAAAUUACUGAACCAGAACUCCAAUACAAUGAUGAAGCUCUCAGUAGACCUGCUCAGGUACAAAUUCCUCAAAUUAAUAACAUGAUGCCUCGAAGACUUUUCAUUGGUGACACGAACAGUACAAUUUCAACUGUCGAUGAUUCCAUGAAUAUAGAGCAACAUGAGUACGAAAAUAUAGACGGGUAUCGCUCAGAAAGUCCAAUAUACGAAAACGUAGGCGAAGAAGAACCAAAUCACUUCAAUAAACAAAGCAAAAUUCUUGGACAUGACGUUUCACAUUUCAGUGCAGUUGAUAUAAUGAAUUUAAAUAAAAAUUGUCAAUCUCAUUGCGUCAACAGUUCAAAUGAAUCAAAUGAAAGUAAGAAAGAUUUGAAACACCAAAUUUUAAAAGCGAGUAAAUUGUCGAAAAAGGUUUUUAAGAAAUUAAAAAAGACAUUCAAGGGCGAAAAAUCCGAUAACAAUGUAACUUUGAAUCCAUAUGAGAUUCCGAGGAAACUUCCUAAGCAGAAAGUUAAGAAAAACGAAUCGGGGAUAGAAAAUCCAGCACUGAAUUUGGAUAACUCCGACGAAAUUGAAAUAUUCGAAGAAAUAGACGAUGAUGACGAAGAACAUCAGUACGAAACCAUCAAAACUUUGCGUAACACACGACUUAAUAUGAACGUUACUCCAUUGAAGGAAAGAUCAAUUGACAAUGUAGACGUUUCUCAUAACAAGACUAAUACACCUGGAAAAAAAGUUAGAUUCGAUUCAACAUUGAAUCAAGAAAAGGUCAUUACAGGGAACAGUUUUGAUUACGAUGUACAGAGCCCGGGAUUUGAUGCGAAAAUCGAUAAAUAUCACGAUGAAUUAGAAAAUUGUAUAAACGAACAGAAAUAUUUGCAACAAAACAUGUAAACUAAAGCCUAUCUAAUGGUUACCACUACCGUCUUUCAUGCGAAUGCCGUGGGUUCGAAUACAAGCUCACACUUCUGAGUUU